AUGGAUGGUCAGCAACGAAAGAAACGCGAAGAGGCGGGUGGAGUGAAGAAGAGCAAAAAGGCGACAUUGACGGCGACGGCGAGAACAAAGACGGGCAAGGAGGUCACGAGCGCUCACAGCGAGGAGGUGGAUGUGGUCGAGACGCAGGCAGGCGUGGUGCCCGAAAAUGCCAUUUCUGGGUUCCUAGACAAUUACGAUUUAGAGUGUGAGUUGCACCUUGUGCUUCCCUGUCGUUCGUCUUGUCACAACCUUCCCGCACCGCCAUGGCUGAUACGAUCUCCGCCCCCCCGCGUCCGCGUCCGCGCGCGACCCCCCCCCAGCCUCGCGUCAGGUGUCCACGCUGCAAGCUUCCCUCUCCCACUCCUUGUCCCUCGCCACGCAGCAAAUGUCCCUCUACAUCACCCGCCUGCCCAGCGUCGUUCGGCGCAUGACGCUUGGAGAGUUUGUGAGGGAGUACGAGGCGGAUGGCAAGUUGGUCAUGA